GACUUGUCUUGUAAAGUCAAUCUGUUACCUCACUUUUUUACUGAUGAAUUCAAAGUAAGAAAGACGAAAUUACAACAGUACGAGAUGUUACUGCACGUUAUAUCAAUCGCAGCUGCGCCAGCAUUUCAACUGCAGAGAUGGUUAAUCCUCUGGUCCUAUCACAUGCAGGAGCAUUCGCAUUAUAGGUGUUACUUGACCUCCAGCCAUGUACGGUAUUAUUCUUGAUAGCUUGAUGGACUGUAUCAAACAAAUGUAUGGCGAGCAAGUAUGGAAGAGAGUCAUUGGACCAUGUGGUAUUUCAAACUCUGUGUUCACUACACACAAGAUAUACCAUGAAGAGCUCGUACCAAACUUGGCAAAAGCUGUGGCUGAGUUAACAGGGAAGUCAAUUGAAUCAGUUAUGCAGGCUGCGGGGGAACAUUUUAUUUUGUACAUCGCUGAUAUAAAAAAUGAUACUGUUACAAAAGUCUUAGGACGACGCUUUACUGAUUUUCUAAAUGGAUUGAACUGCAUGCAUGACUACUAUCGAUUCAGCUUCACUGAAAUUCAACCUCCAAGUUUCCAUGUUUCAAAAGAAGAUUCUGAAGGCUUGGAAUUACACUAUAGAAGUCGUAGAACCUUCAUUGGCUAUGUUCAUUAUGUUAAAGGAUUACUACUCAAGAUUGCAAGCAAGUUUUAUUCCAUUGAUCUAGAUGUGCUCGUAACACAGCAGGGCUUUGCUGGGGAUGUCAUGUUAGCCGUGUACAGGUUGAACUUUCAGAACAGCCAGUACUUAGCAUUUCAUAAAGUCAUUGCCGGAAAUAUGAAGUUCAGGGAGAAAAACAACUUGAUCAUGCCCUCCAACAUGGCUUUCGAUCUAUUUCCAUAUCAUCUUGUGUUUAACGACAGAUUGGAGAUUUUGAGCACUGGGCUUGGUAUAGAUGUCAUAUACAAAGGGUUGGAGGGAAGAAGGCUUAACGAAGCUUUCUUUAUGACACGGCCUCUUGGAUAUGCACUGACGUGGGAAAAUGUGAGAAUUCAUCGAAACAAUGUGUUCGAGUUGACCUCAGCUAAAAGUUCCGAGAGACAAGCCGUCAAUGAGGAAAACACAGCUUCUCGGUUUCGUGAUCAAAUGACAGCAACUCACUUUGUGAAGCUGCGUGGUCAAAUGUUAUACGUCCAGGAGAAAGAUUAUGUUAUAUUUCUUUCUACAGUAAUGAAUGAUGAUUUAAACAAUAUGUACGAAAUGGGUUUGUUUGUUAAUGACCUUCCGUACCAUGAUCUGAGCAGAGAUAUGGUUCUACACGGUCCACAACAAACAAGUGAAUAUCGGUUAGCAUUGGACAUGGAACAGACAAAAGCUACGCGCUUAGAGGAGAUGGUUGAAAGUUUGAGUUCGGAGCAACGGAAGACCGAUGACUUGUUGUACAGUAUGAUACCACGGGAAGUUGCAUGUGCUUUAAAAGAAGGAGGACCAACUGACAGUGUUUGCACGAAAUAUGAUGAAGUAACUGUUCUCUUCAGUGAUGUGGUGAAUUUCGCAAACAUCUGUAAACAUAUCGCUCCUCAUGAGAUAAUGAUCACACUAAACAUGAUGGUAAGUGUGUUUGACAUCUUGUGCGAAAAAUUCAACACUUACAAAGUGGAGACGGUGGCUGAUGGUUUCAUGUGUGUGUCCGGUGCACCAACAUAUGAUGACCGUCAUGCACAUAACAUGGCUGACAUGGCAAUUCAAAUGCUGCAUGGAAUUAAAACAGUGCGCGAUCCAAACACAAGAGAACCCAUACAAAUAAGAAUAGGUUUACAUUGUGGUGGAGUAAUUGCUUGUGUUCUUGGACAUAAGAUACCUCAAUACUGUUUAUUUGGAGAUACAGUUCAUAUUGCAUCAAAGUUGGAAGCUACCGGAUUAGGACAGCGGAUUCAGAUCAGCCAGACUUGCAUGGAAAAGUUGUCAGAAUGUUCUGACUAUGAAAUUGAACCAAAGGGGAUGGUAAAGAUAAAGGGGAGACAAUCUAUUAUGACCUACUGGUUAAAUGGAAGGAACAAAACUGCUGAUGGAACUUACCCUGCUCCUCCAACACCAACGUACUCACGAAAUAAAAAGAAUAACAAAAUGACAGCUGUACACGAAAAUGAAAACUCUGAGUUUGAUUUUGAGAAUAAUGAAGUGAUCAUGGUGGAAAAUGAGGAACAGGUUCAUUGCUCUGAAGAUACCACAUUGCGGAAAUAUAGCUUAUGCAGUGGUUCAAGUAUUUAAAUUAUCCUGAAAUUAGCAGCUGAGUUUGGGAUUUCGUUGACUGGAGUAAACUAUAUGUGUAGUUAUCUAAUUCAUUGCAACUGACAUAUAUGUUUGUAAAUAUGUUGCUCAAGUUGUGAAUACAUUAUGUCUAAUGUCGGUGUGAUGAGGGAAAUAAAAUGUAGAUACUCUUUCCA